AUGCUCGGCUUGGCGCUCGCCGCCGCCGCCGCUUUCCCCGCCAGCGUCAACAUAGGAGGACUUUUCCCGGCUGGCUCGCACGAACAGGAAGUGUUCCGCUUCGCUGUGACACAACGCGGCAGCGAAGUUCCGAAACUUCUGCCGCAGAUGGACGCCGUGGACGCCAGCAACAGCUUCGCCAUGACGUACGCUUUCUGCUCCCAGUUCGCCAAGGGCGUCCAUGCGGUGAUGGGCGUGUACGACCAGCGGACCGUCAACAUGGUGUCUUCCUUCUGCGGCUCGCUUCACAUCAGCUUCGUCACGCCGUCGUUUCCCGCGAUGGCCGACAGCCCCUUCGUGCUGCAGUUGAGGCCCGGCCUGCGGGAGGCGCUCCUGUCGCUGCUGGACCACUUCGGCUGGCGGCGCUUCGUCUACAUGUACAGCGUGCACGAAGGCGUGUCGGUCCUGAAGAAAGUUCUGGAGCGGGCAGUCGAGCGAGGCUGGCAGGUGACGUCGGUCAACCUGGACUCGUUGAACGAGUCCGGCUUCAUCCAGCUGCUGGCUGACCUGGACUUCAAGAAGGAAUUCCAGGUGGUUCUGGACUGCGAGUCGGACCGGCUCAACGCCAUCCUGGCCCUGAUUGCAGCGCAGAGAAGAAACCUGAAGAACUAUCAGUACAUCCUCCUCAACAUGGGCUUCGUGGAGCUGAACCUGACCGAGUUCCACGCGCUGUCCCCGAACGUGACGGGUUUCCAGCUGGUCAACUGGUCCGACGAGUCCGUGCAGAAGGUUCACCGGGACUGGAUGAAAUUUGAUUCCAAAGACGGCAAAGGGACGCGGCGCACUCUGCGGUACGCAGGCGCGCUGACCUAUGACGGCGUGAGCGUGGUGGCGGCGGCUUUUCAGAACCUGAGACGCCAGCGCAUUGACGUCUCUCGCCGCGGGAACGCCGGGGAGUGCCUCGGGAACCCCCCCGCGCCCUGGGGGCAAGGCAUCGACAUACAGAGGGCACUGCAGCAGGUGCGUCUCCAGGGUCUGACGGGCCGUGUUCAGUUUGAUGAGCAGGGACGUCGGACAAACUUUACACUCACAGUCGUGGAACUGAGCCGGACCGGACCCCGGAAGGUGGGUGUGUGGAGCGAGCAGAGGGGCUACGUGAACACGGCCCGGUACAAGCCAGCCCAGGAGGAGUUCUACGGGCUGCAGAACCGCACCUACGUCGUGACGACCAUCUUGGAAGCACCCUACAUGAUGCUGAAGAACAACCACGAGCAGCUGGAGGGAAACGAUAAAUACGAAGGUUACUGUGCCGAACUGGCCGCCGAGAUCGCCAAGCACGUGGGCUUCGCCUACCGCCUGGAGCUGGUGGGCGACGGCAAGUACGGCGCCCGGGACCCCAGCACCAAGAUGUGGAACGGCAUGGUGGGGGAGCUUGUGUAUGGGAAGGCAGACGUUGCGGUGGCGCCGCUGACGAUCACGCUGGUGCGCGAGCAGGUGAUCGACUUCACCAAACCCUUCAUGUCGCUCGGCAUCUCCAUCAUGAUCAAGAAGCCCACCAAGUCCAAACCGGGCGUCUUCUCCUUCCUGGAUCCGCUGGCCUACGAGAUCUGGAUGUGUAUCGUCUUCGCCUAUAUCGGCGUCAGCGUCGUGCUCUUCCUGGUGAGUCGCUUUAGUCCCUACGAGUGGAAGAAGAGCGAGGAGGAAGAAGAGGUGGAGGAAGAUAAAGCAGCACGCAGUUCUUCCAAACAUGUAGCCAGAUUUCCACUACCUGCCUUCCAGAACCAGCAGGCUGUCCAAGACAAAGAGAGUCCGGAGCACACCAACGACUUUGGCAUCUUCAACUCUCUGUGGUUCUCCUUGGGAGCCUUCAUGCAGCAAGGAUGCGACAUCUCGCCCAGGUCCUUGUCGGGCCGCAUCGUGGGCGGCGUGUGGUGGUUCUUCACGCUGAUCAUCAUCUCGUCGUACACGGCCAACCUGGCGGCGUUCCUGACGGUGGAGCGCAUGGUCUCGCCCAUCGAAAGCGCCGAGGACCUGGCCAAGCAGAGCGAGAUCGCCUACGGGACCUUGGACGGCGGCUCCACCAAAGAGUUCUUCAGGCGGUCCAAGAUCGCCGUGUUCGAGAAGAUGUGGUCGUACAUGCGCGGCGCCGAUCCGUCCGUCUUCGUCAAGAACACAGACGAAGGCGUGAGCCGCGUGCGCAAGUCCAAGGGCAAGUACGCCUACUUGCUGGAGUCGUCCAUGAACGAGUACAUUGAGCAGCGGGCGCCCUGCGACACCAUCAAGGUGGGCGGCAACCUGGACUCCAAAGGCUACGGCGUGGCCACUCCCAAAGGAUCGCCGCUCAGAAAUCCCGUCAACCUGGCCGUGCUCAAGCUCAAUGAGCAGGCCGUGUUAGACAAGUUGAAGAACAAGUGGUGGUACGACAAAGGUCAAUGUGGACACAAGGACGCCGGCAGGAAGGACAAGACGAGCGCUCUGAGCCUGAGCAACGUGGCGGGAAUCUUCUACAUCCUGAUCGGCGGGCUGGGCGUGGCCAUGAUGGUGGCGCUGCUCGAUUUCUGCUACAAGUCGCGGCUCGAGUCGCGCAGGAUGAAGGAACUGAUCGACGCCGCCGUGCUGAGCAGCGGCCUGGGCGGCGUGACGCUGGCGGGGGGCGGGGCCCUGGCGCUGGCGGGCCAGAACGGCGGGGCGGUGGCGGCGCAGGAGCUGGCUCGGGCGAGCGCGCCCGGCUUGGCCUGCGUGAGCAAAGCCGCCAGCUUGGGCCUGUCCUCCGACCUCACGUGA